AUGACAUAUUUUAAUCAUGAAACAUUUUUGACGGUCUUUUGGGAAAUCAUAUCAGAUGAACAUGGAAUCGAUCCAGCUGGAAAUUAUCACGGUGAUAAUCAACUACAAUUGGAAAGGAUAAAUGUUUAUUAUAACGAAGCUUCAGGUGACAAAUACGUACCGAGAGCCGUUCUCGUCGAUUUAGAACCAGGUACGAUGGAUUCCGUACGCGCGGGACCUUUCGGAAUGUUAUUCCGUCCCGACAAUUACGUUUUCGGACAAAGCGGUGCAGGUAAUAAUUGGGCAAAGGGACAUUAUACGGAGGGUGCCGAAUUAGUUGAUAACGUCAUGGACGUAUUAAGGAGGGAAAGUGAAAAUUGCGAUUGUCUUCAAGGUUUUCAAUUGGCACAUUCGUUGGGUGGUGGUACCGGAUCUGGCAUGGGUACAUUAUUAAUAUCGAAAAUAAGAGAAGAAUAUCCGGAUAGAAUAAUGAAUUCGUUUAGCGUUGUGCCUUCUCCCAAAGUUUCAGAUACUGUUGUCGAACCCUAUAAUGCCACUUUAUCCGUUCAUCAAUUGGUUGAAAACACAGACGAAACUUUUUGCAUAGACAACGAAGCUUUGUACGAUAUUUGUUUUAGAACGUUAAAACUAGGGUCGCCAACUUAUGGAGAUUUAAAUCAUCUCGUUUCCGUUACCAUGUCUGGAGUAACAACUUGUUUGAGAUUUCCCGGACAGUUAAAUGCUGAUCUGAGAAAAUUAGCUGUUAAUAUGGUACCGUUUCCGAGACUUCAUUUUUUCAUGCCUGGUUUUGCACCGUUGACAGCUAGAGGAAGUCAACAGUAUCGAGCACUAACAGUCCCUGAAUUAACUCAACAAAUGUUCGAUGCUAAGAAUAUGAUGACGGCUUGCGAUCCGAGACACGGAAGAUAUUUAACCGUUGCCGCCAUAUUUCGGGGUUUGAUGUCGAUGAAAGAAGUUGACGAACAAAUGCUUAACGUUCAAAAUAAAAAUUCCAGUUAUUUCGUCGAAUGGAUUCCGAACAAUGUUAAAGUUGCCGUUUGUGACAUACCACCGAGAGGUCUUAAAAUGUCGGCAACGUUUAUCGGUAACACGACAGCAAUACAAGAAAUAUUCAGAAGAAUUUCCGAACAGUUCACCGCCAUGUUUAGGAGGAAAGCGUUUUUACAUUGGUACACCGGAGAAGGAAUGGACGAAAUGGAAUUCACCGAAGCCGAAUCGAACAUGAACGAUUUAGUAUCCGAAUAUCAACAAUACCAGGAGGCUACGGCAGAAGAUGAACCAGAGUUCGAUGAAGAUUUAGCACCAGAAGAAACUGUGCCGGAAGAAACGUGCGAAUGAAAAAAAAAACGACGAAAAUAAUAAUAAUAAUAAUAAUAAAAAUUAAUCGAAAAUAAUUUUAAAAAAUAAAAAAAUUUUUUUUUUUUUAUGUCCUUUUUUAUACGUCCGAAUCAAAUAAUAAUAAUAAUAAUAAUAAUAAUAAUAAUAAUAAUGCAAAUUCCUAU